AUGGGUGGUGGAAACAGAAACGCGUUUGGAUUGGCAUUUGACGCAAAUGGAAAGGUAUGGAAUUCUACGUUGUGCAACGCUGAUUCGGACAAUGACGGGAAAACAAAUGGUGUUGAACUCGGAGAUCCUAAUUGUGUAUGGACCGAAGGAGCUGUUCCUGAAAUUACAAGCGGACUGUCGCAUCCAGGUGUGUGCGAGCCAUGGGACUCGGAGAAAUGUUUAGCACAAAAUCAGUGGGAAUUCUGUGACAGGGAAGUCUUCUCUUGUCCAGCCAUGGAUGCAACGGAUGACGUUCGAAAUGUCAGUGUUCGUUUCCCGCCAACGCAGGUGCCUCCUACAGAGACGAAUUAUUAUUGCAUGGCGGUGGAGCUGCCGGGGGAUGGCGACUAUCACCUUAUUGCAACAAGUCCAAUAAUCGACAAUGCUUACGUUAUGCAUCACAUUAUCAUGUUUGGAUGUAAAGACGAGGAUCUUAGGGGUGGUGAGUCUGACAUUCGCACUAAAUUUGCAACUCCGAGAUUAUGUGGAAUGGACACGGGUUGUAAAAAUAUAAUUACUACCUGGACUCUUGGCUCGCCAGGACAGUGUUACUCGGAACGUGCAGCUUUCAGAAUUGGAAAACAUGGAUACAAAUAUGCGGUCAUGCAGAUGCAUUGGAAUAACCCUGAAUUGCGUUCUGAUUACACAGACAGUUCUGGUUUAACAUUGUUCUACACACCAAACUUGAGGCCCAAUGACGCUGGGUAUUUUAUAGUUGGCCAGCGUUACCUUGAUAUCAAAGCAGGACAAGAAAGUCACUUGGAAACUGCAAUGGCUUCGUCCAGUUGUACUCGGAAAAUGCUUCCUAACCCUAUUCACAUACUCAAUGUUGGUCUACACAUGCACUAUUUAGGAAAAUCAGGCUACACAGACCUCCGUCGUAAUGGAAACAAGCUGAAAACGUUGGGUCGAGAUGACGUAUUCAGUUACGACUCCCCAGUUGAACACGUACAUGAUCCACCGAUAGAGUUCCUACCCGGUGAUGAGGUAUUCGUUAGCUGCACCUUCGAUUCACGCUCAAGAACAGAAACCACUUACUACGGCGAUGAUACAUCAGCUGAAAUGUGUUUCGGAUUUUUCCAGUACUACCCAGUUAUUGGUAACUUGACAGCUAUGGUGAGGUACAAAGACUUCGAACUUUGUUCGGGUUCCAAAGGGGGAGAUUGGGAUCUCAAUGCUGGAGGAUGUAGUUUGACGAAAGCUUUUAUUCAAUCCUUUUCAAUGAAAGUCUUGGCAAAAUGUUCGAUGACCGGUGAUGUCUGUAAACCAGAAUGCAAGGAGAUGGUCAAGGAAACCAGAUUGAAUGACGAGUGUAUGGGGAACGAAGACGUUUUUGGGAUGGUGAAGGUUUUAACAGAGAGAGAACCUCGACUUCAGAACAUUUGGAGAGCAUUUGAGUCUUGUGACGAUGAGAUUAAGAUGGAUGAUGUGACUGGGUCAGCUUCUGUGAUUCACGCAUCAAUGACAUUCGCUAUGGUUGUGUUUUUUGCCUUGAUAGUUUAAAAGCAUCCAUGCUUGUCAAUCUCAAAAUGACGGUUUCACGUGGUAAUACGUAAAAUAACGUUCAGGGUCAAUGUGUAGCGGAUCUAAAAUUUGAUGAGGUACAUUUGAGGUAAAGGCGAAUACACUGUCAUACUACUUCAUUUUCAAAGUUUCAAUCGAAAAACGUCUUAAUUAAUAUUUUUCUGCAACAUUUUGGCUCAUGAAAGUAUCAUUUCGGAGGUUCUCAGAGAUUAUAUCGCCUAAUUUGAACUUUUAAUUGAAUUUAUCUAAAUCACCCCAAGUUUACAUAACAAACCUUUUUCUACAUAAUAGUAUAUCAUGGUACUAAAAUUAAACUGGGUGGUAUCUAUAGACACUCCCGAAGCGAUAAACGAUAAUAGGUUGGACGCAAAGGAGUCUAUGGACACCCGAUAUUCAUUGCACAAACAUAUAGGUAGCAAUUAUUAUUAUAAUGGGACUAUAGAAUUAUACAAUUUUAUAUACAAGGUAGAGAGACCUCAGGGGCGGAUCUGGG